UGUCAGUACAAAAAAUAUGGCUGGUGUUGGCCUUUGAAAGUUUUAUUGUUGUGCAUUUAAACCGAAUUUUCCAUUAAACCGGUAAUUUCUCACUAAAUACCCAUUGUACACGACUUCUGUUUUAACAAACCAAUUGUGUUGUAACCAUAAACCCCGCUUUAACGACCCAUUUUCAGCAAAACUACCAAUCCCGUCUCAAUGGUUUUGGACACAAUAGUUCAUUUCGCAAAAUGAAGCCGACUUAGCCACCGAGACGAUUCCACUUACCAAUAAAUAUCCACCCCCAGAGUUAGACCCGCCUUUAACAAUGUUUAGUAGCAGUUUGCUGUACGAAAAGCGGCCGCUUAAAAAGCCCCGAAUCGGCCCUCCGGAUGUCUACCCACAAGAACCCAAGCAAAAAGAGGAUGAGUUGACGAGCAUCAACGUAAAACAUGGUUUUCCAACCAUGACCCAUCUGAGUGACGAGUUUGGGACGGCUAGAAAUUGUAAUGUCUCUGCAAGCAAAGUGGGGACUUAUUUCAACGAGAUCAUCCAGAGGAAGGAGGAGCUGAGUAUGUUGCCGGAUUCGGGGCGCAAAAGGCAGCAGAUUAAUCACAAAGAUAACUUCUGGCCAGCUACUAUAAGAACAAAAAAUGCUAUUGAAUCUUGGUUUAAAGAUUUAGCUGGGAAUAAACCGUUGAUGCAUUUAUCAAAGAAAGCCCCCAAUUUUAAUAAAAAAGAGGAGAUUUUUAUAAUGUUGUGUGAGUAUCAGGUGCCUAUGAUGAGAGCAGCGUGGUUUAUUAAAUUGAGUUUGGCUUAUACUGUUGCUGUGUCUGAGGCAAAAAUAAAGAAGAGGCAGAUGUCUGACCCUACCACUGAGUGGACCGGAACUUUACUUAAAUUUUUAAAAGAGCAACUUUUAAAAUUGCAAGACUACUAUUCCCAGGGUGAAAAACCACCCCCGGCGCCUUCCUUAACUCAAGCUGCUACCACAGAAACUGAUCAAAAAUUGGCAAUGAGACACUGGACUUACUGUACACAGUUACUUAAAUACAUGUAUGAAGAAGGAUUGAUGGAUAGACAAGAAGUUUUGACUUGGAUUCUAGAACUGUUGGAAAAAAUGCGUUCAGAUGACGGCAUUUUACGUUUAUUGUUGCCUUUGUGUUUGCAGAAUUUGGAGGAGUUCGUCCAAUCUGAACUCCUAUCAAGGCGCUUGGCACAUUUAUGUUGUAAAAAAUUAGGUUAUAUGUUGAAUAAUGUAGCUGAAACUAAUUUAAUUACGUCGCCGCAAAGUGAAUCCACGAAAACGGAAACAAAAGAGAAUGAAAAAGAAAAAAAAGAAAUUCCUGCUUGUAACCCUAUGCAGAGCACUCUUUUGGAGUACCAGAACUGCCCCCACCAUCGCGAUAUCGUGCUACAAUUGACUAGUAUCAUCCAGACUGUCACUCUGGAGUGUCCAACUUCUCUAGUGUGGUGUAGCGCUGGGGUUGGUACUGUUUGGCACGGAUCUCCCCUAGAUUUGCUACCAAUGGUACCAUCCGCCUUGCCUAUGCCUGCUAGAUGCGACAUGAACACAUACAGGAAACAAUUACAGUUUACUGAGCACUCGAUAAGGGAGAGGAGCAAAAGGGCGGAGGGCAGAUGGUGUACUGAAAAAUGGCAAGCUUCAUCUGCUGGAACCAUCACCAAUCGGGUUUUGGCAGCCCUGGACGCCCUAGAUCGCCACCGUUUUGACAAGAUGGAUUCCACAAACUCCCUGGACACACUUUAUGCUAAAGUUUUCAGCAGUAAUAAUGACCAGGAAAGCUCGGUUGUUAAAUUAUUGUGCGAAUGGGCGGUGUCCCCUGAGCGGACAGGCGAACAUCGAGCUUUAGCAGUGGCGGCUCUUUUAGACCGUCGCCAGUCCGAUUCCACCGCCAAUGGCGACCAAGAGACUACGGGGGGAGAUGAUAAAGACUCGAAUUGUUCCGCCCCUGGCGGCCCCCCCAUGUUCCAAAAUUUACUAAUGAAGUUUUUAGAUACAGACGCUCCUGUUCCUUCACCGGAUGAUUGUUCUCAAAAAAAGACGGCGUUUUCGAAUUUAGUUCAUUUGUUUGCGGAGUUGGUGCGCCGGGACGUUUUCUCGCAUGACGCCUACAUGUGCACUUUGAUCUCGCGGGGGGACUUGUUGGGGCACGAGGAGACCACGGAGGUUAGCAACAGCCACCAGUCCCACCACACUAAAGUCGAGGACCAUUCCCACACCAUGGAUUACGAUGACGCCAAUAUUGACCACGACCUGGACAAGAUCCUACAAAACAUCAAAGAGGAGCACGGCAACUCCAUGGACGCUCCUGACAGCCCUAAGGAGCACGACCACGGUCACCACCCCCACGUGCCGUCUUCUAUAGGCCACGUGCCCAUGGAAACCGACCACAAAGUCAAGCCCUCGCGCCACCUCCUGUACACCACCCACUUCCCGCUGUCCCAAGACGACGCGCUCUCCCAACACGACUGCAACCAGCGCCACGUGCUGCUCUACGGCGUGGGCAAAGUGCGCGACGAAGCCAGACACACCGUGAAGAAGAUGUCCAAGGAAAUCAUCAAGCUGUUCUCGAAGAAGUUCAGCAUCGACGUCGCCGAAGGCGGUAAAGUGAAGAAGCACUCGAGGAACGAGUUCAACUUCGAGGCGACCACGCAGAAGUUCCAGAGUUUGAGCUACUUCGACCAGCACGUGGUCACGUGGCAGUGCAGCGUGACGGUGAUCGAAAUGCUGAACACUUUCGCUAUCGGGAAUUCGAAUUAUCUGCCGGUGCAGGAGCACGUGGCGUUCUUGUUCGAUUUGAUGGAGUUGGCGUUGAAUAUUUACGGGUUGAUAGAUGUUUGUAUACAGAUUUUGAAGGAGCUGCCGGAGGUGGAGGCGCAGCUGUAUAAUAAGAACUCGGUGUUGAAUAGGAAUUAUACGACGUCGUUGAGCUUGUAUGUGGUGGGGGUGUUGAGGCGAUACCACUGUUGUUUGUUGCUGUCUCCGGAGCAAACUUCGGCCGUUUUCGAGGGGUUGUGCAAAGUCGUCAAGCACGUGAGCAACCCCGGUGACUGCAGUUCGGCGGAACGUUGCAUUUUAGCGCACCUUUAUGAUCUCUAUUCUUGUUGUAAUUUGUUGAAGUCUAAACCUCACACGGGUGAGCCGUUCGGUAACGCCUAUCCUAAAAUAAGACAAGCUUUGUAUACGGCGCUUCAGCCGACACCGAACAGUAAUUAUGUUUACAACGCCCAGUAUAUGCAAGAGGUGUUCGCCAAUCCGAGGCGCGGAGGUCGGAUUGAGAGCUCGUGGGCACGACAAUUAAAUGAGAGUGCCAAUAAUAGAUACUCAUUUGUUAGCAAUGCUGUGAUACAUGUUUGUCGUGAGAUGGACAAUGAGAGACUGAACGAUUUAGCGAUUAUGUGUGCCGAAAUGACUGCGUGUUGUAACUCUUUGGCGUCGGAGUGGUUGGGGGUUUUGUUGGCUUUGUGUUGUCCGGUUGCCCAUCCUGGGUACUAUAAUGACGUUUUAGCACAGUUGGAUAUACAAGAUGUCAGUAUUCAUAACGCGUUAGCUGUUUUUACUUGUAUUUUGAUAGCCAGACACUGCUUUUCGUUGGAGGACUUUGUUGGACGUGUCGCCUUGCCUAGUCUUUUAAAGGUGAAAAGCCUGGACAACGGCAGCGGCGCCGCCGAAGGCGGCAUGCGCCUCACCUGCCACCUCCUCCUGCGCCUCUUCCGCACCGCCGAGGGCCCCCAGCCCGGCCUCUACUCCGUGGGCUCGCCGCCGCUCAACGCCCCCCGCCCUCCCUUGGGCGUGCGCCUCAGCUGCGACCGCCACCUGCUCGCCGCCGCCCACCGCAACAUCCACGUCGGGCCGGUCCUGGCCGUGCUCAAGGCCGUCCUCAUCGUCGGCGACGCCACCGCGCGCGAGCUCAGCAUCUCGCACAUCCUCGGCACCAGCGACCUGCUCAGCGGAGGUGACGAUCCGUCCCUGGACCUGGCGGUAGACAUGGAGGUCUGCGGCUCCAGGACGGCCCAUAGGCAAUCGAGCACCGGAAAUGCCGAAAGCACCGCUUCCUUAUCAGCUUUCGCUUGCCACGUGUUGAGAGAAAUUUGCUCCCAACAGUGGGUCCUGGAACGGUGCUUAUGUCACCCAGAGGAAUUGUGCGACUCUGACACCUUACUCGACCCCUUGUUGUCACACUCGCAAGCCCAGAGGCUCUUACACAUGAUUUGUUACCCAGACGCCGGAAGCAGCAUCGAAGAACUGGACCAGAAGAGCAUGAUCAGCAGAAUUCUAGAAAACUUAGAGCAGUGGACUCUGCGCAUGUCCUGGUUAGACCUCCAACUCAUGUUCAACCAGUUCACCCCCAACACCCCCGAGCACUCCCAGUGGCUCGACACGGUCGCCAAAGCCGCCAUCGACGUGUUCCAGCUCACCAGCCCCUCCUCCAACUCCCCCAAAGGCGACGAGAAAAAGCCCGAAAUCAAAAACCAGAACCGCCAGCAGAACUCGAUAUGGCUGGUGGCGCCUCUGGUGUCCAAACUGCACAGUGCGGUUCAAGGUCGCGUGCUGAAGGUGGCCGGGCAGGUGCUGGAGUCCGGCGGGUGGUGCAAAGAGCCCAAGAACAAAGCCCGCAGCGGAAGCGACAACCAGAGUUUGCUCAGUCAUCAGCCGUUCUUGACUUUGGUGCUCACUUGUCUGAAGGGGCAGGAAGAGGGGCAGAGGGAGGGUCUGCUGUCGUCGUUGCACCAGCAGUUAUCGCAGCUGGUGCAACUGGCGCGCGAUGGCAAUCUGCAGGAUAUUUGUAGCAACGAGAGGACCUUGGAUGGGCUGCAGUUGAGGUUCGCUUUGGUGGGUGGGGUGUUCGAAGCGUUCCAGAGGAACCCAUCGGCCACCACGGAUUGGGCGCUUUUGUUGGUGCAGCUGGUGACCAAUGGGUUGAUCGACCUGCAUACGCAUAGCGAGCUUUUUACGACGGUUUUGGAUAUGUUGGCUACACUGAUCCAUUCGGCGCUGGCUACGGAUAGUCAAGAUGAUGGUCGAAAGAUGUACCAGAACCUAAUGAAAAAAUUGAAGAAAGAAGUAGGGGAGCGACAUAACGCAUCUUUACAACAUAUCAGGCAACUUUUGCCUUUACCCAGAAGCGUAACAGAAGUCAUCGCGGUGGAACCUAUAGGUUGGGUAACUGAUAGUAAAGGAAAUAAGAUCAGUUUUGACAGUUUGGACAAAAAACAUGGUUUCCAGGUGACGGAUAAGCAACGCGUCAGCAGCUGGGACAUCCUCGAAGGGAUGAAAAACCCGACGCCGCUCUCUUGGGCGUGGUUCGGUGCCGUCCGCCUCGAACGAAAACCUCUAGCGGGCGAAGACACCCAUCGCCUCCUCAAGUACCACACUCAUAACCUCCAGCGUCCGGCAUCUCACUACCUAGACCCUCCGUCUCUACCCCCCGAGGACCUGGAGCCCGUCCCCGACAAACCGCUAAAGGACUGUGACCUGAAGGCCGACACUCCGUCGUCCGUGGACCAGAGCCCGGCGGCCGUGGGCAAAGGGCGAGGAAAGGGCCAGCGCAAGACUAGGAAACCGAAGGGCGUGCCGGGGCAGCUGCACGUCAACCCGAUGGGCAUGAACCAGUCCCAGAUGGGACAAGGACAACCUGGACUGCCCUUGCAGGUCCCGGGCCCCAACCCGCAGAUGCACAACAUGCCCAACUACGGCCAGGGCCCGGGCAUGCCCCAGCAAGGGCAGCAGUACGGCAACGCCAGCAACCAGCAACAGUGGUACAACCAGCAGCAACAGCAACAACAGCAGGGCUACUACCCGCCGCAGAUGGCCAACGUUAACCGCUUCGAAAGACCUCAGAUUAAUCAGUCGAAACAGGCGCUUUCUAAUCUGCUGAGAUCGCGGCAUCCCAUUAAUCAGUUCAUGGGACCUGGGGGACAAAACCCGCAAGGACCGGGCCCGCAAGCCGCCAAUUACGGACAGAUGCGACAGUUCCCGAGGCAGCCGAUACGCCAGCAGCACCCGGGGGCCAUGCAGCAGAACCAGAACAUGUUCCCGCAGCAAUACGGCUCCAUGCAAGCCGGGAUGAACCAGUCCUACGGCAAUUACGCCGCCACCCCCAACACCAUGAUGCAAAACAACAUGCAAGCGGCAGGUCAGCAAAUGAUGCAAAGUUCGCAGCCCAACAUGUUCGCAGGGCAGCAACAAGGUUUCGGCCAGCCUAGACCCCCACAGCCGGACUACCGCGGCAUGGCCCAGAACCCCAGGUCGCAAUACCUCCAGCAAGCGCCCAACGUGACCAUGAACGCCAACAUGAACACGAUGGGCGGCAUGGGGGGACAGGGGGGUCCGGCGCCGCCGUACACCCGCCAGACGCCGCAAGCGAUGCAGCCGGGGGUGCAGCAGCAGCAGCAGAACCAGUUCCAGCAGCAGCAGAGGAUGAGGCAGCAAAUGAUGGCGAUGCAGCAGCAGCAACAGCAACAGCAGCAAGGAGGGCCGCAGGGGACGCAGCCGUCGCCGGCGCUGGUGGCGCAUCUGCAGAGGCAGAUGAACCCGAAUCCGUAUCAGCAUCAGCCGCCGCCUUACAAUAUGUAAUGUGGGACCAUGUGGGUUGUGGGAGAGUUUGGGCGUCUAGGAGAGUGGAGGGUGUUUAGCGUGGAAUAUAUGAGCGUUUAUGUAUAAAAGUGUAAAUAAAAAUGUUUGCCUGGG